UGCACACCAUGGCUUACCGCUGAGUCUAACUGCUCUGCAAUGGGCUCCCAGUUGGUGACUGUGCACAACCAAGAAGAAAAUGUUUACGUUCAGCAUCGACAUAACGGUGAAAGAUCUUGGAUUGGACUCAAUGAUCGGAGCGUGGAAGGAUCAUUUGUUUGGACAAAUAAAGAAGUAAGCAAAUUUAGAUUCUGGGCUCCGCAACAGCCAAAUGACUGGAACAACCAAGACUGCGUGCACACUCUUGGUGCAAAGCAUGGGUACGCUUGGAAUGACGUGCCAUGCAAAAGUUGCUUCAAUUUUACGUGCUUUACAGACUUUGACGAAUGCAGAACACACACUGACAACUGUGCAGACAACGCAGAUUGUACGAAUACCGUGGGGUCGUACACCUGUACCUGUAGAGCUGGGUAUUCUGGUGAUGGAAGAACAUGCAAUGAUAUAGACGAAUGUUCCACAAACUCCCAUAGCUGUGACGCCAGCGCUAUUUGCAGUAAUAGUCAAGGAUCCCAUAGCUGCGCAUGUAAACCUGGGUAUUCGGGGAAUGGAAAAACUUGCGUUGACAUUGAUGAAUGUACCAGCGGUGUUCAUGGCUGCCACCGUUUUGGGUCAUGUAUCAAUAAUGCAGGGUCUUACAGCUGUUCCUGUAACAGGUUUUACACAGGAGAUGGAAAAACGUGCAGGCAUUCUGCGUCAGAAUGUCAAAACUACCAAAGUCUGAGUGGCAGGGACAGACAUGUAUCUUACGGAAAUACUAAUACGUAUUGUGACAGUGGACUCUCUGGCUGGUUUCGUUUUGAAGGUUCUGCAGGUUCAAGAAUGGCCACAUCCUGUCAGUCUAAGAACCGUUGCAACACUCAUGCACCUGGAUAUUUGACUGGUGGACAUCCCUCAGUGGCUGAUGGUCAGGUCAGGAGACGAGUCUGUUUUCAUUGGGAUUAUAGCUGCUGCAAUUGGUCAAAAUCCAUCACGGUGAGAAAUUGUGGUGCUUACUACGUAUACUACAUAACUGGAACACCUACAUGUUCUCUUCGUUACUGCGGCACAUAUUAAUUUUCUGCAGUGCUCAGGAAUCAAAAUCACUAUGUCGCAGUUCAAAAUUAGUAGACAUUCAAAACAAUUUAGAAAUUGAUUGCUCAAUAUAACUACGUGCAAUUUAAAAACUAAAUUUCAUAUAGAUACACAAGGGUAUUGUCCUAAGUUAAUUUUUAACGCAAAGGGAGGAGGUCGAAGGAGCCUAGACCCGUUUAAACAAAAAUUCGCAAUCUUCUUUAGAAAUGAAAAUAUAAUCAAAGUCCCUCAUGGUUUCAUAAAACGAGUCAAGAAUUUUUGUAGAUAAAUAAAUGAAUAAAGCUGAUAGUUUCUAAAGAAACUGCUUGGGGCUGCGUCGG